AAUAUCAUCACGUGGCUUUAAUUAACCAAUCGACGGUGCCGUUACUUUUUUUUCAUUUAUUUAUUUUAUUUGCCAUCAGUCCAGUUUGUAGUAGCUCAAUGCACAGAUAACGAAGGAGAAUUUCUUUUUAUUUUUUAAGUUUUUAAGUAAAAGUAUACGCCGAAAUCAAGGCAUGGAAACGUUAUAAAUGUAUAUUUAGUGAUUUUAUAGCAUUUAAAAUAAUAUAUUCAUGUCGAAAUGGGAUUAUUAUUUGCCAAACUUUGGAGUUUGUUUACAAACGAAGAACACAAGAUAGUAAUUGUGGGUCUCGAUAAUGCCGGAAAAACUACGAUAUUAUACCAAUUUUUAAUGAAUGAAGUAGUGCACACGUCACCGACGAUUGGAAGCAACGUGGAAGAGGUGGUGUGGAAAAAUGUUCAUUUUAUCAUGUGGGAUCUCGGUGGACAAGAGACGUUACGGGCAACAUGGAACACUUACUACAGUAAUGCAGAGGUAUUAUUUUACAAUUAAAAGCAUAACUCAAGUGCUUAAGUGUCAAAAGAAAAGCAAAGCAUGCAAAUUUAGUUUUAUUUUUUACAUCAUUACGUGUUUCUUUGUUUACAUAACUGCAAAAUCCUCAUAUGGUUUUAAAGGAGCUCUGUAACUAUAUAAAUAAUAACAAUAUAUCUCAAGUAAAACAAGCUCUGUAACAAUGAUAAAAUUAUGCCCCUUCUCAUCCUUAUUCAUAGAAUGAUAGGGACAAUAUUGAAAUUUCAAAUGGAUCCUACAGAAAAGUAUAUAUUUUUAGGUCCUACAGAAAAAAGACAUGAAACUUUUAUCUAAAGCAUAUUUUUAUAAUGUGUAUAUUAAAUGGACAGUUGAGGCUUUGAGUUGAUUCACUUCUUAACAUGUAUUAUUUUUAUAAAACUCUAAUACUGCAUGUUAUUUUGGUGGUCACUGUGCACAGAUUUCAAAUAUUCUCUGUUUUGUGUCUUCUCUAAAUGUAGGUGGUAGGAAGUAUUAGUUUUCCUGUAGAAAGUAAUCAAGAGAUGAUAUCAAGUGAAGGAGGUGACUGUCAGAUGUCUACAGUCUAAUCAUCCAUUAUUGAAUUUCUGUUUUAAUAACAAUAUGUAUGUGUGACUGGCAAAAUAUGGAACCUUGCUACCACAUUUUCCUUCCUCAGAUUUAGAUACAUCUUUUUUAUAGUCAGUCGCACAAUUAAA